CCACCCCGCAUCCCCAUCGUCCGAUCCGAUCCCACCCAAACCCCCAACCUCCGCCAUGUCCCACCACGACGGCAGCAAGCCCUACCAGCCACGCCGGGGCCCCGAGCGCCCCCCUCCUCCGGCCCCGGCGGACGAUGCGGCGGCGCACGUCGCGCCCACGGUCGACCACCUCGCCGCGGUGGCCGCCGAGGCCGAGGCGAUGGCCCGCUUCGAGGAGGAGCACCGCGCCCUGGGGGCGGAGGAGGAGUAUGAGGAGGAGGAGGAUGAGUUGGAGGAGGAGGAGGAGGAGAUGGAGGAGGAUGAGGACGCGCAACAUCAUGAGGGGGUGGGCGGCGAGGUGGCUGUCCCGAUGGACGCGGAGGCCGCCGCGCAGCUGGACCCGCACGGCGGGAUGCUCGCCGCCUCCGGCGCUGUCCAGCCCAUGGCGUCCAACCAACUCACCCUCUCGUUCCAGGGCGAGGUCUACGUCUUCGACUCUGUCUCCCCUGACAAGGUUCAAGCAGUGCUCUUGCUACUCGGUGGAAGGGAGCUGAACCCAGGUUUGGGCUCUGGAGCAUCGUCAUCUGCGCCAUACAGUAAGAGGUUGAAUUUUCCACACCGGGUGGCAUCUUUGAUGCGGUUCAGAGAAAAGCGGAAGGAGCGCAACUUUGAUAAGAAGAUCCGGUAUUCUGUUCGGAAGGAAGUUGCACUUAGGAUGCAGCGCAAUAGAGGUCAGUUUACAUCUUCAAAACCAAAGGGUGAUGAAGCAACAUCGGAAUUGACAGCUUCAGAUGGCUCCCCAAACUGGGGAUCAGUGGAAGGUCGGCCUCCCUCUGCUGCUGAAUGCCAUCACUGUGGUAUAAAUGCAAAGGCUACACCUAUGAUGCGUCGUGGACCUGAUGGGCCAAGAACAUUAUGCAAUGCCUGUGGCCUCAUGUGGGCAAACAAGGGGAUGUUGAGGGACCUAUCAAAAGCACCUCCCACACCUAUUCAAGUUGUGGCAUCAGUUAAUGAUGGUAAUGGAAGUGCUGCAGCACCUACCACCGAGCAAGAAAUUCCUGCACCAGCCACUGUCAAUGGCCACGAAUCAUCAACGUGAGUAUAGCGAUGUUUGUCUUGUGGAGGAUCGCGAACAUCAUGCCGGCAUUAUAUCCAUGUAGUUUAACUGUCUGUACUAUAACUUGAUGAGAACCUGUUAGGUACCUAGGCCAUUUCUUUACCAUCAUUUAGGGUUUGAAUGUUGUUCUGCAUAUGUUGUAAGCCAUGAAAAAUCAUGCUUCCGGUCAUUAUGGCCGUAGCAAUUUUAUUUCUUGUUAGACUCUUGGGUGGAAGUGAGAACAGAGAAGGUGAUGAAGUGAAUAUUUUACUUGUGUCUUGUAGUUAUUUAUAUUUAUCUCAAAAUUGAUUUAUCCCA